CGUAACGCUUUUUUCUUUCUGAUUUAUGUAUGAUCUAUCCCUUUUCUUUUUCUUCGUCGUCAAACUCGUUGGCCUUUUUGUCUUGGUUCAGAUCGUGAUCCCUUUGAAAUAACUCAGAAAUUUUCGUGUCGUUUUUCCAAUCGAGCAAGUAGGGAGUGAUUGUACUUUUCCCCCCUUAGAAAAUGGGGGUUAUGUCGAGGCGGGUUGUCCCCGCCUGCGGCAACCUCUGUUUCUUUUGCCCUUCAAUGCGAGCAAGAUCAAGACAGCCUGUGAAACGCUACAAAAAGUUGCUUGCUGAUAUCUUCCCCCGCAAUCAGGAUGCUGAAUUGAAUGACAGGAAAAUUGGGAAACUUUGUGUAUAUGCUUCAAAAAAUCCACUGCGAAUUCCCAAAAUCACUGAGAACCUAGAGCAAAGAUGUUACAAGGAUUUGCGAAACGAGAACUAUGGAUCUGUAAAAGUUGUAUUAUGCAUUUAUAGGAAGUUGUUGUUGUCAUGCAAGGACCAGAUGCCUUUGUUUGCUGGUAGUUUAUUAGGCCUUGUUCGGACUCUAUUGGAACAAACUCGACAGCAUGAAAUGCGGAUUCUGGGUUGUAAAACUCUUGCUGAUUUUGUAAGAAGCCAGAUGGAUAGUACAUACAUAUUCAACUUGGAGGGCCUCAUUCCUAAACUUUGUCAACUAGCUCAAGAAGUUGGAGACGAUGAAAGAGCUUUGCAGUUACGUGCAGCUGGACUGCAAGUUCUAGCUUUUAUGGUGCGGUUCAUGGGCGAACAGUCUCAUAUCUCUAUGGACUUCGAUAGUAUUAUAGCAGUGACAUUGGAAAACUUCACUGAUUUUCAAAGUCAUCCUGGUAACGCCAAGGAGGACAAAGGAAAAUCUCAAUCUCAUGACCAGCAGGUUCAUGGAGUGCCAACGGCUGAUGUUGAUGUUUCAUCUUCCCCAGAAUUGGGACAGAAGGCACUGUCAUUACCAAACCUCAUGAAAAAACCUGAUUUGGAUCCCACAAUGGAUAACAGUAGGUGCCCUUCUUACUGGUCUAGUGUUUGCUUGAGUAAUAUGGCCAAAUUGGCAAAAGAAGCUACAACUGUUCGCCGUGUACUUGAACCUCUUUUCCAAAAUUUUGAUGGUGAGAACCAUUGGUCCCAAGAAAAAGGACUUGCAUAUCCUGUUUUGUUAUAUUUGCAGUCACUUUUAGAGGAGUCAGGACAGAACUCCCAUCUGUUAUUGUCUAUAUUGGUCAAACACUUGGAUCAUAAGAAUGUUGUUAAACAACCUCUCUUACAGAUAAAUAUUCUCAGUGUUACCACACAACUAGCAAAAAGUGCAAAGCAACAGACUUCAGUAGCAAUCAUUGGUGCACUCGCUGAUCUGGUGAAGCAUUUGCGUAAAUGCCUUCAAAACCAAGCUGAAGCAUCGAGCCCGAAGAGUACAGAAUGCGAGUCUGCUCUUCAGACAGCCUUAGAAAGAUGCAUCUCGCAACUCUCAGAUAAGGUUGGAGAUGUUGGUCCCAUUCUUGAUAUGAUGGCUAUGGUACUGGAGAACAUCUCAACUAGUACAGUUGUUGCUAGAACAACUAUUUCUGCAGUCUACCAAACUGCAAAAAUUGUCUCAUCUGUUCCAAAUAUGUAUUACGACAAUAAGGCUUUUCCUGAUGCACUUUUUCAUCAACUACUCCUAGCAAUGACCCAUCCAGACCAUGAAACACGAGUUGGAGCACACAGCAUUUUGUCUAUGGUUCUUAUGCCAACUGUACUUUCUCCUUGGUUAGACCAGAAAAUAAAGCUUUCAGAAGAUGUUUCUGGAAAUUUGGUAAGUACAAUGCAGGAUGUUAGGUAUGGAAGAUUCUCCUCUCAGGACAAGAGUAGAGGCAAUGCAGUGACCGUUGAUGGAGAAAUGGUAGACAAAGAAAGUCAAAUGUCAGAUGUCUAUACGAAGCAAUCUGGGCAAUCCUACGGCUUCAAUGGUGCUUUGGUCGGCAUAAAAACUGAACUAACUGCGCUUCAGCUGAGCAGUCACCAAGUGAGUCUUUUGCUUUCAUCAAUCUGGGUUCAGGCAACUUCUGCCGAAAAUACUCCUGCAAAUUUUGAAGCGAUGGCCCACACUUAUAACAUUGCUCUACUGUCUACCCGAUCUAAGACCUCCAAUCCUGCGGCACUUGUUGGAUGCUUCCAGCUAGCAUUUUCCCUAAGAACUCUCUCUCUGGGUAAAGAAGGAGGUCUGCAGCCCUCUCGUAGAAGAUCACUUUUUACCUUGGCAUCGUUCAUGCUUAUAUUUUCAGCUAGGAUUGGAAAUAUUCCAGAGCUCAUUCCUCUUGUUAAAGCAUAUUUGACGAAUAAAACGGUUGAUCCUCAUCUUCAGUUGGUUGACGAUGCUUGUCUGCGGGCUGUUUUUGUGGAGUCUGGUAAGGGGAAGAUUUUUUAUGGAUCACAGGAAGAUGAAGUUGGUGCAUUGAAGUCUCUGUCAGCAAUAAAAUUAGAUGACCAGCAGUUGAAAGAAACAGUGAUAUCCCACUUCAUGACCAAAUUCGCAAAAUUGUCAGAGGAUGAGUUAUCAAGCAUCAAGAAGCAAUUCUCGCAGGGAUUUUCACCUGAUGAUGCAUAUCUAUUAGGAGCUCCAUUAUUCAUGGAGACACCACGACCAUGCUCUCCUCUUGCCCAUAUGGAUUUUCCAGAUAUUGACGAGAUGAUGCCUACAGCUGCAUUAAUAGAUGAAGAAGCCUUUCCAGAACCAAGUGGAAGCCAAUCUGAUCGCAAAACAUCAAUCUCCAUCAAUACCCUUGACAUUCUGAGUGUUAAUCAGCUUCUAGAAUCUGUUCUGGAAACAGCACGCCAAGUUGCAAGCUUCCCAGUUUCCUCAACGCCAAUUCCUUAUGACCAGAUGAAAAACCAGUGUGAAGCCCUUGUGACGGGUAAACAGCAAAAGAUGUCGGUACUUCAUAGUUUUAAGCAGCAGCAGCAGCAAGUAGCAAAUGCAAUAGUCCUUUCCAGUGUAAAUGAAAGCAAAUAUCUCCCAUUGUCAGCUAAGACAAAGGAGCAUACAGAAGGGGACUUAAAGUUGAUAAACAAGGAGCAAGUUCGAGUCAAGGAACAGCUUCUCGUCUGUUCGCGCGGAUAUGGACAGCAUUCUUUCAGGCUACCGCCUUCAAGCCCUUAUGACAAAUUCUUGAAAGCAGCUGGCUGCUAAUUGAAUCAUUUGGUGUUUAUAUAAAUAACAUAUCUUUACUACCCCAAAAUAAACAACAUGAAGAGAAGAAAAUUGUGUGCGGGAGAAGGGGUGGUCUUUAAUAGAAGCAUCAGUAUCAUUAUUUGUAAUUCUAUUUGCGAGUGUUUGGUGAGAUUUGUUAUUAUUUAUAAAUAUGUUUGUCUAAUUUGAUUCAUAUUAAAAGGAGAUUAUAAUAUGUAUAUGGUAAAAGUAAAACCUUUUG